GAUAUGAUUAUGAUUGAUGUAUCAAAUUAUUGGAAUUAUUGUUAGUAUUAAUUGAGAGAUUGUUUUCUUUUAGUAAAGAAAUCUAAUUUGUCACGCAAUUACUUGUAAAAAGAUUUUAAAAUCGGAUUUCGUUAUUGUUAUCGACUAAUGACAAUAUGUUGACGAUGAUUAAAGAGAUAAUAACAGUGUCUAGAUGGCCGUUAGGAAGGGAGUAAUCAGUUGAACGUAAUGUAACAUAAAUGCGAAGACCAUUUCUUAAAAUGUAGUUUAACGUAUUUUAGCAAACAAUUCACAUUGAAAAACAAUAUUUCAUAGAUAACAUCCGAAAGGUACAUGCGAAAUGAUUAUACAAUCCUUGAAAAGUUACACGUGUAUCAUUGUGCUCUCGAUAUCUGUUUCGAUAACUUAUGCAAUUCUUGAAAAUGCUUUGAGAAAGAGAAAGAAAUGUUUCACUUAUAGAAUCGUUCCCGAUUUCGACCAAUAUUAUUCGAGCACGUGAAGUAAAUGAAUCAUUAGAAAAUGAAAUGAUAAAACAAGUGGUGAAAGAUAAUGGAAAACAGAAGUACUUUAUAAUUGAACAGAAAAAAGAAGACAAGAAGUGUAUGGAUCGUUCGAUACAUGAUUUUCCUGAGGAUUUGUUCACAUAUGAACAGCGACGUCAUGGAGCAAUAAUAUUACAUGCUUUCCUUGGAUUAUAUUGUUUUCUAUUGACGGCAUUCGUGUGUCAUGAUUAUUUAUUACCAGCCGUUGAUUGUAUAUGCAUUAAUUUGAAUAUAAGCACCGAUGUUGCUGGAGCGACAUUUCUUGCAAUGGCUAGUUCUUUUCCUGAACUGUUUGUGAAUGUUAUUGGAACGUUUUUAACCGAAUCAGAUCUUGGUGCCGGUACAGUUGUUGGUAGUGCUGUAUUCGAUACUUUUGCAACUCCAGCUUGUGGAGCGUUGAUGACGUUUUAUGCAAUACAAUUAGAAUGGCAAUUAUUGUCACGAGAUUGUAUAAUGUAUGUGAUAUCUGUUGGAACAUUGGUAAUAAUAAUGUGGGAUGCAAAGAUUCAAUGGUAUGAAGCAAUGAUCUUGUUAAUAUUAUUUUGUUUUUAUUUAAUUUUGCUCUUUUGUGGUAAACUUAUUAGAUUGUAUUGCGAUAAAAUUUCUUUUAAUUCCAACUUUAUGACAAAACUAUUCACUAUUGAUGAAAAUUUGAAUGAGAAUUUGCCUCCUAAUUGUUCAUAUAAAUUGCAUCCUCAAAACAAUGCAGUUGUGGACCAUAGAAAGAAUUUGAAUAUCCAGGAAUUAGAAAGGCACAAACAAAACCGGAUACAUGAUCCUGAAAAUGUAGAGAAUUUUGAGAAAUCGAUAAAGCGUUCAAUUUUUGAAUAUUUAUUCACUUGGCCAAUAGAGCGAACUAUUAUUGAAAAAUGUUGGUUCAUGUUUGGUUGGCCAUUGAAAUUUUUAUUAUUUAUAACGAUACCAGAUCCUAAGAUUGAACGAUUGAAACAUUGGUAUCCAUUGACUUUUAUCAUGUGCAUGAUUUGGAUUGCGAUAUCUUCGUAUUUAGUUUCUUGGAUGACAACGGUUAUCGGUGAUAUCAUAGGUAUCCCCGAUUCCAUCAUGGGUCUUACAUUUUUAGCAGCUGGUGGAAAUAUGCCAGAAGUUGCGUCAAUUGUAAUUUUAGCAAGGCAAGGCGACGGAAAUAUGGCAAUGAGUAAUACAUUGGGAGCAAAUAUUCUUGACAUCUUACUUUGUUUGGGUUUACCAUGGAUAAUAAAAUGUCUCAUGGAAAAAAGAUAUGUGGAAAUUGAAUCAGGAGCUUUAAAGUAUAGUGUAUUUUCGACAGUUAUUUGCGUAAUUGUUCUUUAUACAGUUAUAGCAUGUUUUAAAUUUAAAUUGAACAAGAAAGUAGGAAUUAUAUGUUUAUUUCUAUAUACGAUAUUUAUAAUAUUUGCUAUCCUUAUAGAAUUGAAUGUUUUUUUCAUUAUAAAUUUACCAAUGUGUGAUCAGUGAAUUAUUAAUUUCUUUCAUACAUUUCAUUCUCAUACACAGUUUAUGUUUACAUUAUGCAUUUA